AUGGAUGGGCCAUCCGCAAAAAAAUCUACCUCAUUAGAAACACUCGUCAUUCAAAACAUAACCAAUUGGAAGGACUUAACAGCAAAACUAAAUGAUAUUAUUUCCGCCGGCAAGAACUAUGAAUACGAUGUUUCGUCAUGUUUAAAAGAUUUAAUUAUAAGUAAAGAUGAGUCUAUUGUACUGUUGAGCGUGCAGGCCAUUUCGGAGCUAGCAAAAUGCGAGAACAAACGUGAAACUUACGCACAAAAGGAAAUUAUCGCACCAAUACUUGAUAUUUUAUCGAAAGAAUGUUCUAUCGCUAAGUAUGAUCUUAUUAAGCAAUGCUUAAGAGCUUUAGGGAACCUUUGUUGUGACUGUGAUACAUCGAGGAGAAUUGUACUCGAAAAUCAUGGAGUACAAGUAAUGAGGGAUUUACUCAUUAACACCAUAAAUAACACUGCAUUUGACGAGAUUAAAAUACUCAACUGUAAAGCAUUAUUGAACUAUGCAAUCGGUGGACAGGACUUCUCAGGUCCGUUGGAAAAAUGUGGUGUAGUAGAGCAGAUGAAGAAGAUAUUAACAAUAGAAAUAAGUAAGAAUGAUAUGAACGAUGACUUGGUCUCGACUGUACUGCUAAUACUAAGUGUGAUAAAUGAUAAUGAACCGGAACUUUUGUAUGAUGAUGAGGUUAAUGUUGCUGUUUUGAAUGUCCUGAAGGAGACAGCUAAUGUGGAUAUAUCGGAACUGGCACUGGAACACUUACAUUCACAAGUCCGGGAGCAUGAUUCUGUAAAAACACUCCUUGCAAAAGAAGGUGGUGUACAGUUAGUUUGUGGCCGUUUGGAUUACUUAAUACAGAGGCAUGAUGCUGGAGAUCUUACUGCAGAUGACAGUCAAGUUGAAGUAAUUGUUAAACAAGCGUGCUAUCUGAUUAUUCUUAUACUAACUGGUGAUGAAGCAAUGCCCCUUCUUUACAAAGAUGGUGUAGGUGAUGUUUACUUGACAAUGGUGAAGUGGCUGGAUUCAUCUAAUCAUCACCUCCUAGGGACAGCACUGCUGGCAAUUGGUAACUUUGCUCGACAGGAUGAAUAUUGUAUACAAAUGAUGAUGGAUAAAAUAUUUGUCAAGUUACUGGAUAUCUUUGAAGUAUACCACAUUCUUAGUUUAAAACAGAAGGACAGUGACAAUCUUCCAAUUGAUAAAUCAGUUCUGAACCAAAUCCAACACGCUUCACUAUCAGCUGUAAGAAACUUAAGUGUACCAAAGGAUAACAAGAGGGUAGCUGCUGUACAGGGCAAAGCUGCACCACUUUUACUUAAGGCUUUACCAGCUGUUGAAGACCACCAUGUGGCUUACAAGCUUCUCGCUGCCUUGAGAAUGCUUGUUGAUGGACAAGAAAGCGUUGCACGUCUCAUAUUAAACGACAGAGCUGCGUUAGAAGCAAUAACGCGUUGGGGCGGGUCUGGGGAACACGCCGGCGCGGCGGGGGAGGCGCCACGCCUACUAGCUUGGACGGUGAAACAUGUUCCGGAGCGAGCUGACAUUUUACAGGUCGAAGGCUGCCUCCUAAACAUCGUCAACAUGCUAAUCGCCCCCCACUCCCUCAUGCAGAAUGAAGCGAUCUUGGCCUUAACACUAAUAGCCAUCGAAAUAAUAAACCAAACGUCAAAAUACGAAGAGGACUUUAUCGCGCAGUUAAUAAAGUCGGAAAUCGGUAAGCACAUAUCGGUUCUCAUAGAGACAAACUGCGCGAAAAUGCCCAUAGAGGUCGCGGAGAAUUUGUUAGCGUUCCUCGACGUCACUUCGAAAUGCGAGAAAAUUUUGACCGACUACACCGAAACCAAAGUGCACAAUGCUCUACAAAAGUUUUUGGAUGCGAGAGGUGAUUUUAACGCGCAGCUCAAAGUUUGCGCUUCGGAGAUUAUUAAGAAAAUCUCGGAUGCUAAUUUAGAGUAG